AGUGAUUUAAACUGUACAGAAUUCUUAUUCCAAACUCCUGGUUUUCCCUGCAUUUUCCAGAUAUUCUGGCUGCCUGUCACCCUGGAACACAGUUCAGUCCUACCAUGGAUGCCACAGCCUGUAAUGGAUCAAGAGACUCUUCACCCAUCUUCUACCUGGUGGGCAUCCCUUCUCUACAGGAGUUCCUCUUCCUCCCUGUCUUCUUCAUCUUCCUGUUCUUCUACCUGCUUAUCCUGGUGGGUAACACCCUGAUCCUGGUGGCUGUGGUAGCAGAGCCCAGCCUCCACAAGCCCAUGUACUUCUUCCUGAUCAAUCUCUCUGCUCUGGACAUCCUUUUAACAACAACCAUCGUCCCAAAGAUGCUGUCCCUACUGUUACUUGGGGAUCGCUUCCUCAGCUUCCCUGCCUGCUUCCUGCAGAUGUAUCUCUUCCAUGGUCUCGGCUGCUGUGAAGCCUUCAUCCUGGUGGUCAUGGCCUAUGACCGCUAUGUGGCCAUCUGCCGCCCACUGCACUAUCCUGUCCACAUGACCCCACAGACCAAUGCUGCCCUGGCAGCCAGUGCCUGGCUGGCUGCCCUCCUCCUGCCCAUCCCAGCAGUGGUGCAGACAUCUCACAUGGCUUUUGGUUCUGUGGCCCAUGUCUACCACUGCUUCUGUGACCACUUGGCUGUGGUCCAGGCCUCCUGCUCUGACACCACACCCCAGACCUUCAUGGGCUUCUGCAUUGCCAUGGUGGUGUCCUUCCUGCCCCUUCUCCUGGUGCUUCUGUCCUAUGCCCACAUCCUGGCCUCGGUGCUUCGCAUUAGCUCCCAGGAAGGACGCUCAAAAGCCUUUUCCACUUGCAGCUCCCACCUCCUGGUGGUUGGCACCUACUACUCCUCCAUUGCCAUAUCCUAUGUGUCUUACAGGGCUGACCUGCCCCUGGACUUCCACAUCAUGGGCAAUGUGGUGUACGCUAUCCUCACACCUGUCCUCAACCCUCUCAUCUACACACUGAGGAACAAGGAUGUCAAAGCAGCCAUCACCAAAAUGGCAUGUCCCCAGGGCCCAGGGCAUUCUGGAGACCUUUGACUUCAGAUGUUGUUAAUUCCAUCCCCAAGAUACCAAUGUGCUAAGAACAGAGAAUGACAUCAAAAUGUUUUUUGAGAGAAAGAAUGGCUUACAUAGCAGGGCCAAAAAUAUACCUUUGAGAAUUCCAUUUCUAUUAAUGAUAGGCAAGAUUAUGAAGUCAACCCUUCAAUGGGAAGAUUAACAAGUGUCAAAUAAACAAAUAUCCAAUAAAUAUAGGAAAGUGUGCAACCUCUUUAGUUAUAGAAGAACAAAUUACAACAACAAAUAGAUACCACCAGAAACCAAUUAGACUGCCUAAAAUGUCAGAUAAGAUACAAGAAGUACGUACUUAAAGGUACCAAAUAUCUUUUUCAAAAUAUUAAGGCUAAAUGGUAAUAAAGAUGAGAACACAGACAGGUCAGUUAUUAAGACAUAGGUUGACACACAGAUUAAUAAAACAGAAUAGUGGCCAAGUAAGAGACCCUUAAAUAUAUGCGUAAUUGACAUAUAAAGAAAUGACACUACAAUCAGUGGGGAAGAUGAACAUGUCAUAAAUGGUAUUAGUCUAUCAAGUAUUCAUAUGUGGAAAAAUGAAAUUUGUCUGUUACCUCAAGUGAACAUAAAAAUCAAUCUCAAUAAAUACCUAACUA